GGAGGCUGGUGCUGCAGCUCGGGCUCUCUGGGCGGCGGCGGCGGCGGUCGCGCUCGCGCUCUCCGUCUCCUCGCGCCCCGGGCCUCGCUGGGCCCCCUCCCCCAUGCCCGCGGGCGGCCUGUGAGCAGCGCCGCCGGUGCCCGCCUGCCCGGCCGCCCGGGUCUGGAGGAGAGAGCGGCGGCGGCGGCAGCAUGGCGGACGACGGGGCCGCGGCGGCGGCUUUGGCCGAGAAGUUCCUGACGCCCGACGAGCCCUUCCCUCUGCUGGGCCCCCCGCGCGGCCCGGGCACCUGCUUCAGCGAGGAGUCGGGCUGCCUGGACGUCAGCGACUUCGGCUGCCAGCUGUCCUCCUGCCACCGCACCGACCCCCUGCACCGCUUCCACACCAACAGGUGGAACCUGACAUCCUGCGGAACCAGCGUAGCAAGCUCUGAAUGCAGUGAGGAGCUCUUUUCAUCCGUUUCUGUUGGUGACCAGGAUGAUUGUUACUCCCUACUAGAUGACCAGGAGUUCACGUCGUUUGAUUUAUUCCCCGAGGGCAGUGUCUGCAGUGAUGUCUCCUCUUCUAUUAGCACUUACUGGGACUGGUCAGACAGUGAGUUUGAGUGGCAGUUACCAGGCAGUGACAUUGCAAGUGGGAGCGAUGUGUUCUCUGAUGUCAUCCCCAGCAUUCCCAGCUCACCUUGCCUGCUUCCCAAGAAGAAAAACAAACACCGCAACCUAGAUGAGCUCCCCUGGAGUGCCAUGACAAAUGAUGAGCAGGUUGAAUAUAUUGAGUACUUGAGUCGUAAAGUCAGUACUGAAAUGGGUCUUCGGGAACAACUUGAUAUCAUUAAAAUUAUUGAUCCCACUGCACAGAUCUCCCCUACAGACAGUGAGUUUAUUAUUGAACUGAACUGUCUCACAGAUGAAAAACUAAAACAGGUGAGAAACUACAUCAAGGAGCAUGGGCCUCGCCAACGGGCCACGAGAGAACCCUGGAAGAGAAGCAGCUACAACUGUGGCAGCACCAGCGGUGUGAGCGGCGCCAGCGCCAGCAGCAGCAGUGCCAGCAUGGUCAGCUCUGCCAGCAGUACUGGUUCCAGUGUGGGCAACUCCGCUUCCAACUCAAGCGCCAACAUGAGCCGGGCACACAGUGACAGCAACCUAUCUACCAGUGCAGCGGAGCGGAUUCGAGAUUCUAAGAAACGUUCCAAGCAGCGGAAAUUACAGCAGAAGGCCUUCCGCAAGAGGCAGCUGAAGGAGCAGAGGCAGGCCCGCAAAGAGAGGCUGAGCGGGCUCUUCCUCAAUGAAGAAGUGCUGUCUUUGAAAGUGACCGAAGAAGAUCAUGAAGGAGAUGUUGAUGUUCUAAUGUGAUCAGGGUGAAUUUGGCCGUGGGGUUUCUAAGCCUUAACAUUAUCCUCACAGUUUAUGUGGAUUUUUUUUAACCAAAAUUUUGAUUAGAGCUGUGCUGAUGAUUUAGGUAAAUGUUUGACUCCUCAAACUUAAGUGUAGUAAUGAAAGUGGCUUUUUGCAAAAAUGCUUUUCCAAGUUAGAUGACUUCACGGGUUGGUUUGUAGUUAAAUCCAUUCAUGUCAGUGUGUAGAUUUAAAAUCACUCUCCAAGGUAGAUGAUUCUCUGUGCAGUAGUACCAGUUGAGUUUUUCCAAAGGGUUGCUGUUUCUGUGUUUGAUGCCCAGCUGAAAAACUUUUUUGUGGUGUUGGGGACAAGGAGGCAGGGCUGCAGGUUAAGGUACCAUUUGUAUAUUUUUAGGGAGUAUUGUCUUGUGUCUUCAUCUGUUAUUUAUUCAUAAAAUCUUAGAUAUAAGAUUAGAACCUACUUUUCUUCUCCUUUCCAUUCUUUGUGAAGUCAAAAUCCCAUUAGAAUUUAAGCCUGAUGAUUGUAGGGGGAAUAGUUGUGCACUCAAUCACAAACUGGGGAACUUAUCAUGCUGAAUAGUCAUUGGGUGAGAAAGCCUUUAAAGGGGGAAUAACUUUCUGACAUUUUCUGGACCUUUAGCAUCUAGAAUUUUUUUUUCUCUCCAAGACUGAUUUUUCUUUUCAGUUUGACCUAAUCUUUGCAAUUGAUUUCCUUUAGCCCAACUUAAGCCUUUAAAUUCGAGUAAUGGUUUCUGGCUUGCUAAGAGACUCACGUACAAAAUUGUCUGGUGUGAUAAUCCUGGAAACUCUUCUGAACUUCUGUGUGAAACAUUUUAUAGUACAUAAAAACUUUGAACCAUGCAAGUUUUCCAUCAAAACCAUAAUGUAAAGUGUCUGCCAUGAACGUGAACUAGGUACAUGUUUAUAUUGACUAGUAUAUUACCACCUUGUAAGUUAGUGUGAAAUGAGGGCAUUCUUUAAAGUAUUUUCAUAGUAGUAUGUUUGAAUGAGUAUUAGAAAUACUGAAAAUUUUAAGUAGCUUAAGACAGACUUUAAAUCUUUCUAUAGGGAAGUUUAUGAUGGGGACUAUUUGUGUUGACAGUUGAUGGGCUGCUCUUUAUCAUUUUUUGAUCAUGUCAUUCUUGGGGAUAAAAUAUUUUUGGGUGAUUAUAGAUCUAUGAAAGAAACAAGUCAGACUAAUCAUGCCCUGGAGUCCACAUUCUUCUCCAAUAUUUUACUUUUCUGUAUUUAGUUCUAAGCAGGUAAUUUAUUGAGGAGAGAAGUGAUCCAAAUUCCUAUUUCGAUGUCUCAGUUGACUUUAUUUUUAUUUCACUUUGAUACCUAGAAGGUUAAAUAAUGAAACUGGGGGGAAAGAAAAAUGACAAUUGAAAAAAAACUAGUGUAGCUUUCCUGAUACACAGUCAGAACAUUGGGAAUACUUCCACAUGACUCUUUUGUUAAGUAUAUUAUAAAAGACCACAUUUGUAAGAGAUCCCAUUGUUUUCUCACAGUAGUUCUGUUUCUCUUCUUCCCUUCCUGCUUUUUACACCCUCAGAUGGUUCUGUUGCUUCAGAAGCAAGGAGGCCAGACACUAGAAUUCUCCAAGAGAGUAGGCAAAGCCAGGCUGGACCACGACUCCAGGCCAGGAGUGUCACACUCAAAUAGAAACAGAUCCCUGAGGCUCCACCGUGAUUCAGAAAACAACAAAAUAACAUCCAUGUUGCGUUGUAAAUUUCUAUUUGUUUUGUUAAACAUUUUUCAAUUACAUUUUAAUCUGGGUCAACCCGUGGCAUUAAGUUUGACACCUCUGCUCUAGAUAAUUUAAGUAAUAGGAACAGAUUUCUUACGGUCGAGCCAUGAAAAGUUCGAGGGAAUGAUUGGCUGGUCUGUGGAGCUAUUUUUCAAGGAAAAUGGGGCAGUUGUUAGUCUUUGGUUUGAAAAAAUGUCUUUUGUCCAUCAGAUUAAUAGAAAUCUAUCCAAAUGUGAAUUCAGAUGAACUUUAUUUGCAUUUCAUUUCUCUUGACUAUGAAAGUGUUUCUGAUCAGUGAUAACCUUAAAGACUCAUCUGUCAGACUCCAUAGUGUCCUGUCUUGGCUGAUAUCUCAUAUCAUACCCAUGUGGACAUGUUGGAUAAUAGAUACUCGAGAAUUUGUGUUCUCCCCUUAGUUGGAUGCCUUUUCCCCAUUCAGUGAUAUCCCUCCCCAUUUUCACCUCACUUCAGUGGAUCUGUGAUUUUGUCAAUGUGAGUGCUCCCUGUAGCACUGCAGAGAGUAACUCCUCCUGUGUGGCUCUUGGCCAUCCGGUGGUUCUUGUCUAUCCUGUGUGGUUCUUGUCUGUUCUCCUGUCACUCCUCCACUAGGGCUUUACCCAGUGUUGGGACCUUUCCUCAAGAUCUUCUGAUACCAAGCAGAUUGGGGAUACCAGAGGAAUGAGUUAGUAACCAUUGGUGAUCCUUAUCUUUCUACAGAACUAGCCCAUCCCCUUCAUAGUAACUUUCCUUAAACUGUCUAAUAUUGCAAUUGCAACUGACUGCACAUGUCACUUUAUGCUAUUAUUGUUUUCCAUUUCUUAACAGAAAGGAAGCAUGUUGUAACAUUAGUUUUGUGAAAUCAAUAUUAGUUGUAUUCGAUUUACAUUCUUGUCUUCAUUCCCAUCAUAUAAUCAUUGUGUGUAUAUUCUUUGAUUCUGCUGUCUUUGCUUUGUGUCACUUCAACAAAUCAUAGAUUUCACUUUUCUGCAUAGUUUCUCUUUGGUAAUCUGUGGCAGCCUAUUCACAUGUACCUUUCCAUUAUCCUUUGUUUGACCUUCAACUCCACAUCUGAAGAGACUGGGGUAUUCCAUGACUUGGAGCCAUACUACAUCACAGGAGGACUCUUAAUGCCAAAAAUAUGGACCUUUAUUUUAGGGUGAAAUUUGGGGUCAUUAAUAGUCCUGCACACUUCUCUAAAGACAAUCCAGUCAGCCCUCUAGGCUCAGGUCAUUGUUCAACCACAGUGUCUCUCAAAAGUAGAGGGGUUUCCAUUUCAGCUGCAUGCUGUAGUCUAAACAAUGCAUAGUCUUCAUUCGCCUUUUAAAAAUCUUUUAAAAAUAUUGACAUAUUUUGUUUUAACAGAGUUAUCACUUUGAAAUAAAUACCCCCUUCAUACUACCUUUUCUUAAAUUGUCUAAUAUUGCAAUUGCAAUUCACUGCACAUGUCACUUUAUGCUCUUAGAGAGUAAAGAAGCAUGUUUUAAUAUUAGUGGCGUAAAAUUAUAUUAGUUGUGUGAAACUAUUAGUCCUGUGAAACCAACAUGUCAUUAUAUUUGAUUUGAACUCUAUUGUCUUCAUUUACAUUAUUGUAGUCAUUGUGUAUGAUCUUUUGGUUCUUUCUUUGCUCUGCAUCAAUUCAUACAAUGCUUCCCAUAUUCCUCUGAAUUCUUCAUAUUGUUUCUAACAGCAUAAUAGCAGGCCAUUGCAUUCAUAUGGCACGUUCUAUUCUGCCAUUCUUGAGUUGUUGGGCAUGUGAUUUCCCCCCGCCUUUCCCCCUUUUUUCUGCUACAAAAUGUGCUAUUCUGCAAUUUUGGUACAUAGAGGACCUUGCCUUGUCAUUGACUUCCAUCAAGUAUGGGUAGUAGGACUAGAUUAAGGUAUAUGAACAGUUUAAUAACAUUUCUAAACAUAAUUCCAAAUUGUCCCACCAACAGUAUAUUAGUCUACCUGUCUCCCACAUUGUCCUCUACCAUUGACUAUUUUCAUCAAUUAUCAGAUUUGCCAAUUUAGUGGGUGUCAGGCCUCAGUGUUUUUGCAUUUCUCUUGUUAAUGAUUUAAAGAAUUAGUAUUCUCUUUUUUCUGCCACUCUCACGUGACUGAAAGCCAUUUUGCAUUUUUCCUUAUUUCACGGGUCACUGUGGGCACGUGAUUGAUCACUCUGUGACCAGCCUACAGGUGAACGCACCAGUUGAAACUAUUCCUUACAAAGUAGCCAUGGUCCCCUGGGACUGGGCUCUGCAGCCCUAGCCUUAGAGAACUUAGAGUCACCAUCCUGCCCGUGAAAAGGCAACAGAAAAUGAAUCAGUUUCUCCUGGUUUGUUUAAAAAAAAAAGAAAUCAAAUUAGUCAUUUAAGUAUAUAGCAAAAUGGAGAUAUCAUUUCUGCAGAGAUCAUUCAUUGAAUGAUUUGGAUUUAUUAAUUACAGAUGUGAUGAAUGUUCACAGAUGUAGCAAAACGGUUUAUAAUGACUGCACUUCAGCUUUCUCUUCCCCACCCCUUCCUAACAUUUCAAGUGUUUGACCUAAGGCAGAAUAAUGGCGUGGAAGUGAGCCUUCAAAGCAGGUAAACCUGGGUUCAAGUCAUGACUCAUCUUUAGCCUGGCUGUGUGACACCUCUUGUUGUUCCAGGCAUAUCUCUAAGGUGAUCCAUUGUCUAGGAGGGUCUGCAUAGGUGGAAGUACAGUCCCUCCUGUGGGAACUUCCCACGCUGAUGAAACCAUAGGUCCUGAUGGAAAUGGCACAAAACUGGCUUCAUUAGAAAGGAGUUGGAUGUCUAGGAAGAUCGCGAAAGGAGCACUCCAUCUGUGGUCUCAAGAAAUGUUUUACUUGAGUGCCAUCUUCCUUGCCUGUGAAAUCAAACUUGGUCAGAGUCCAUAAAAUACAACAAUUCUUUGACCAAGCCUACAUUCCUUCAAAGAAAGUCAAUAUUGCAGAACAAAUCCUGAGGUAUUGGCCUUUCUGAUUCUUCACAGAUUUGGUGCAGAUACUGUUUUAAUAUGCCUUUUAAAAUUGGAAAAAUGCCCUCUUGAAGGAAUAGCCUGUUAAGUCAAAAUUGUAUUUACUCUUUUUUGGAAUAGACUAAGUUCUAUGACGUCUCCAUAUUGAUACAGAUGUGCAUUGGAGUUCAGAAACAGUACGUGGACAAUACUACUGCACCAUUGGUAGCUAUUCCUCUUGAGGCCCACCUGAGGCUUCUUGUUUUUUCUCUUUACUUUUCCCUUUUACAUGUCUGUUACUGAUGUGUACUUUGUUCUACUGCUGCUUCUUGUUUCAUUUCACAUUAUUUCAUAAAGCUCUUUCCAGAUUUCUUUGUAUUCCUCAAAUUUGGCCAUUUUAAUUACAUUAUAUCAGUGUACCACAAUUAUUUCACCAUUUCCCUACUGUCAGACAGGUUACUUCCAGGUUUUUUUGCAAGUAUAUUUAGUGCCACUAUGAUGAUCAAAGGCAUUUUCAAGGCAUGAUUAUGUUUCUUUCGUAACUUGUACUGGCCAGAUGGCUCUCCAGAAAGAUUUUAUAGGCCCGUGCUUCUGCCAGCAGUGAAUGAAUUGUUUCACAGCAACCUGUUGCUUUUAGUUAUUUUUGCCAGUUUGAUAGGUGUGGGGUCAUACCUCAAAGUUGGUUUCAUUUGGCAUUUCUUUUAUUAUUAAUGAGGUUAAGCAUUUUUCAAGUGGUUAGUCAUUUGUUUUUCUUUAAAAAAUUGUAUCCUUUAGCCAUUUAUCCAUAUAUGUUUUAGAUGAGGUGGGGGUGGGGAGAGUGAGGUAGUUAUUACCACUAUAAUUUUUUAAAAUAGUUUUUCAUAUAGUUUUGAUAUCACUCUUUAUCUGUUGUGUUUGUCCUUAAAUAUUUUCCACAGUCUAUUCUUUUUAAAAGUUAUAUUGAGUUGUAUUGUACAGAACAUUUUCAUCUUCAUGUAGUCAAGCACAUAGGUUCUGUUGUCUUCUCUUUGAAUUGAAAAAGAAAUCCAUCCCCCAUCUACAAUUUAGAUAAACACUUUAUUAUUUUAUUUCGUGUUUUUAUGUUUUAAGUUCAUCUUUCAGCUGGAAUUUACUGGGGUAUAUUGUGUAAAAUAUUAGUCUAAAUCCAUUCCCACCAAAUUGCCAACCAGUUUUCCCAGGUUAAGUAAUGAAUCCUCUGCUCAAUCUCUUUCUUUUCUAUCAGUUCACCAAACAUUAGUCUUUUGUAGACAUUUAUUUGGAUGCCUGGUGUAUCUAGUCCGUUCUCUCGACAGAUUUCUCCAUUCCUUGUACACUACCAGAUUGUUUGGAUAAUAACCACUUGGUAAUAAUUUGUUUUAAAGUCUGGCAGGGCAAGACCACCUUUGUCAGCUUUUCUCUUUAGUGUGCCCUUUGGUAGUUUUACUUCUUUUCCACACAGAUUGUUUUUGCCUUGUUUUGUAAAGAAGCCCUUGACAUUUGGAUUUGUAUUGCAUUAAAUAGGUAAGUUAAUUUGGGCUACAUGUUCAUUUUAACUAUGUUAAGUUGUACCUUAUACCAGGCUUGUCUGAAUUUGAAAAAUAUGAUUGUUUUUUGACCUGGGGAGAACAAGUGCACAUUAUAUUAAAUAACAAAUUAGAUCUAAAUUUAGAAAUGCUUUUGAAAUCUCAGAUCAAAUUAAAGUGCAUCAAUCCUAUUUCAGCCUUUUAAUUGUACAAGUUUAAUUAUUAUCCAUCAAGGCCUCUAGAGCUAGGUAAGAAAUUAAGUAGAUGAUACUUUCUUUUCUGUCCCAGACUUGCCUUUCUCAUUUUCAUACCACCUAAUAACAAACAAUGUAGUUUGGGCCCAUGCAGGAAUACCACAUGCGCUUUAGAAAUAUUGUUUUUUCCUUUUAACACCAUCAUCUUUAACACAUUUUUCUCUUAGAUUUGUUUUUGGCAGGCUAUAGAAUCAGACAGUACAUUCACACUGCAUUGUUGAUACUUGUGGGAGUUUUUAAAGUCUUUUCCAAUUUUAUCUCGAAAACAAAAUUAUUCUUAAUGAGUAAGAGAAGCAACCGAGAGGUACAGGAACUUUGCUAACCUAGGCAUUGCUGUAAUCCUCUGGCCUGGGACAUAAGUGCUCCACUUACACAAUUUCACAUCAUUCUUAGCUUUUACUUCCUUUGGAAAUUGAAUUUACCUUCUCAAAAGGCUUCAAAGGAACAGUGACAAUCGAGUUUUAGCUGAACUGUAGAGAAUCAACAGCUCUGAAGUCCAGCUGCCCAGGAAGAAGGUGGAGCAGCUGCAUAGUUCACUUUCCUCCUUCAGAUACCUGUGCUUUUGUGCUUUUCAGCCUUUUAGCACCAUCAUUAAAUUCAAGCUUUUAAAAUACUUCAAAAUGAAGUUCUUACUAAGCACUGUAAGCAAACUAGUUUGGUCUUCACUGGAUCCCAUAGUGAGAGUUUGUGAUUUGUUAGAAAAUGGAUUUGGCUAUCAUUUGGGAUGAGUAGAACCUUUGGAGAUGGAAGUACAGGGCUGUGUGUGGCUUGGGGCUCUGCUCUAGCCGUGCAUGUGCAUCUUAACUAUGGAGAGACAGAAAUAAUUCUUUAAGUUGGUUAAAGUUAAGGCUUCAUCUGGAUGGCUUGAAUGGAGCUGGAAGCUGGGACCCUUCUCACGCUCAGAGCUGCUUAUUUGCUUCUCAGUACUUGAUCCAUUAAGCUGCUUAAGCCAGUAGGUUGGGAUUUGGUCAUUUGCCUGAAGGUUUUGGAAAUAUGGCUGCAAAUUCCCAUUACUGGCAUUGGAUUCAUUUUUAUGGUCCACUAUCUGCCAUUCUGAGCCUUUGUGGGUCUGGAAUUCAAUAGCUUGUGCUGUCCAAAGCAAUGAAGGAAAUGAAAAGAGAUUUAAAACAUUUCAUAGGGGGUUCAAUUUCAAAUGAGUUUUUCAUUUUCAAAGGUCAAUAGUUAUAUUUCCCAAGAUCAGAACCAAAACAAGGAUAAGAUUGGCUGGUCUGAGUCAUUUUAAAAUUCUCUGAAUCAUUGUAUAAGAUGGGUAAGUCAGGAUUUCCCCCGAUCUCUGGUCAUGGUAUUAUUAUACUCUAUUAUCACAUUCUGAUGCACUUUUGUACAUACAGCUGUUUUCUGUAUAUUCUAUACCUACCACAAUGUAUAUAAAAGCCUUUUUCUGAAGUGAAGGACUUAAUCACUGCAAUAUUCCUAGUUCUUGUUGCUUUGAGGCCCUCGUAUAUAAAAAUCAUCACACAGUUGAGAAUGAACACAUACGAGUUGCAAUUCAAACUGACAACAUGACAGAGGUGUCUGUUGAAACUGUAAAUACAGAUGAAGUGUUUGGAUUACACCAUCGAUCAGUCAUGUUUACAUAUUGGAUUGAUACACAGCCCACAUUUGCUUCACUCUUACUCUUGCCUAAUCUUCCCCUUCUGACUCUACCCAAGAAACUUGACCUACUGGCCAGGAAGGAACAUAACAAUGGUGCUACCUACCAUGGUCCAGUUGAGAAAUUAGCACACUGUACACAUGGAUUACAUAGAACAGCAUUUUGAUGCUUCUUCCCUUGCCCUAUUUCCUCCACAUACAUGCACGCACAUGUGCGCUCACACACACACACACACACACACACACACACACACACACACACACACACACACGAAGAUUUUCUUUAGUCCCUGUAAGCUUUUUUUGUGAAUGUUAUUUUCCAGGGUUCAUUCAUUGGUAAUACCAAAAUUUGCCCACAGAGAUCAGAGACGUCCUGAUACUUUAUGGGCAUCAUAAUUAAGUGCAUUUUUUGUCAUUUAAAAAAACGAAUAUAAAACCAGCUUAGAAGGUUUGCAUAGUACCUGUAACAUAGUAUUUUUUUAUUCUUUCUCACUUCAGAUAUUGCCUUUCACAGAUUUUUCUAUAAAAACAAAUAAUUAUAAACAGAAUGUUUCCAUUACCAAUUAAAGAUUAUCAUUGAACCAUGGUUAAGAAAUAUCCAGAGAGAAGACUUCAGUUAGAUCUUCAGGAAUAUCUUUGCCUCCAGGGGGUGGGAGGGUUACAAUAGAGAAUAAGGGUAGCUUUUAUCUCCCCUCCUCCCCCCAUGGAAAAGCUAUAGGAUUAUGUAGAGUGAAAUUGAUCAAUCUAUUUAAUUGCUAUGGGGAAGAAAAGGUGGGGGUGGGAGAAGCUGCAAUUUUGGGGGGCAAAGAUACAAGGUUCAAGAAAAUAAUGCAGUUUUCGUGAAAGUCUAAUUCAUGCUUUUUCUGUAAUCUUAGAUUUUGAACAGUGUGGCUUAGAACAUAUGGCACAUAUAUAUGCUUAUGACCUUUGGUCAUAUAAAGCUUUGGAUGAGAUGCAAAACCACUUAUCAUAGUUUAGAAGUGAACUUUAGCAAUUGAGAAAUGGAGGACUUGGGAGUUAUAUGAAAGGAAAAGUUGGCUUAAACUUAUGAAAAGCUACCAUUAAGUUUGGGAACUAGGCAGUUUAACACAGCUGAGUGAACAGCUUUCUCAAGUCUUAGUUGUUUCAUUUGGCUGAGGGAUGACAACUAAUGAUUGAAUAGUAUGGGAAAUUCUCUAUCUUCAUUAAUCUAGCUUAGGAAUUUCUAGUUCUCUCCCCUAUUCAUUGCCACUUAACAUUUUCUUAUUAGUCUAUUUCUCCUUCUCUCUGACAGGAACAGUUAUAAGUAACAUAAAUGUUCACACAGGGAAGGAAAAAAAUCCAUUUUACACUGAUAUAUUACUGUGGUAUCAGAAAACCCAUUGGCAGUGAUGUGAACUACAGAUCCACCCUCUAUAAAGUGUUUGUGUCACAUUGUGCAGCAUUGGCACACUGCUAGGGGCAGAGAAGCCCUUGUGAUGCUUGGGCAGGUACAUUUUACUUCAUUAUUUGGGGUUUAACGGGAAAUGUAGGUGAUGUGUUUGGAUGUGUGUGAAAGUGAGUGUGUUUCUGUGUGUGUCUCUGUGUGUCUGUGUGUUAUCUUAGAAUUUUAGUAGAUUGAAAGAAAAUAAAGCCGGCUCUGAAUUUGUUUUUUCCAGUGAGUAAAAUUCAUCAUCUAAAUCUGUCAUUUAUGUUUAUUUUAGUAGUCAGAAUCCAAGAGAGUUCAUUUUAAAUAAAUAUGUAGUGUUUAUUGUUCCUUUUCAUUUUAAAUUAAGCUCUUAAAACUUAGAGUUAAUCAUUGUGCAUUUGACUAUCACUGAUAGAGUAAUUGUUUAUGCUAUUAUUGUACAAUAGGCAGUAAACUACUGAUGGUGUUAGUUUGAACACUGAGCUCAGUGAGUAUUUUUGAGCUAGAAGAAGCCUGUGUCUGUUUUUCUCCUUCCAUUUGAGCCAUGGAGAAUAAAGAACAUGGGGACGGAGGGGGAGAGGAGAGAAGGAACUACUGAAAAGGAGUAGGACAAAAGCAGAAAUUAUCUAACAACCCCAGGACCUAAAUAAUCUGAGCCAGUUUGGGCCAGAAUAAUCAAUAAACAAUAUUGAGCACCUACUGUAUACAAGUGCACUUUGCUAGCCAUUUUAAGGAAUUUUUAAAAACCAUAAAAUAUAGUCCCUGUCCUCAAGUUUUUUCUAGAAAUAAAUCAUAAGAAAUUCAAACUUCCAAAUAUGUGACUAUAUCAAGAUUAUUUUUUUUAAAAAGAAACCUACCAGAAUUUAGAUAAAACUAAUUUUAGAUUUCAAAGGUUUAUUAAAAUUGAUCUUGGUAAGCCCCCUCAUUUUAUAGAUGAGGACAUUGGGGUGAAGUGAGGAAGGACCCAUAGCCAGUUAGUGUCAGAGCCAGGAUUCGCACCUUGGUCUCCUAACUCCUAGUCUCAUGUUCUCUCCACUCUGGCAUGUGUUGUCCCUUUCCACAUAGGUAAGCUGGCAUGGAAACUGCUACAUUCUUUGGAAUAUGUAUUUCUGAGGGUGGCAAAUCUUUAUCUUUUUGAGGAAGGACUUGGUUUUGGGAACUAGCCAAAAAUUAUCUGGAGGCAAGGCUAGGUAAUCAAGCUGGGAUUUGGGGUUUUGAUUCCAAAAUGAGAUGUGACCAUCCCCAAAGAGUCCAGAGAAGCUGAGUGGGUGUAGUGGCUUCAUUAUACAAACUGUCCAGCCUCCCCGCGUCGCCACCUUUUAGAGACCAGUGCUCACUUCUGUUGAGAAAGUAAUGCCUUGUUUAACCUUGGAACGGGGAAAGAAUGGCUCAGAUUAUGUGAAUGAAUAAAUUAGGGGUGAAAUUUGCUAUAGAAAUAGGGGACAUUCCUUGGAGUUCGGCAAGAGGUAGCUUUUGGACAAAUAAAACUGGAUUAUAUACCAGCUCACUAAGUUAGGAGACUCCUUCUGGGAGGUGAGUGAGAGAAGCUAGAUUUGAACAGGUUUGAGAACUCUGGCUAAAUGGUCAGAAUUCUUCAUGGAAUGAGGGAUAUGUGAGGAUUUGUCACUGAUGAUGGUCCUUCCUGCCCCACAAUAUUUCAGUCACUUGGGUCUUCUCACUGUGCUCAAAGUAGGUUGGACUCUUUCCUGCAUUUGUGAUCUUUGCUCUUGCUUCUCCCCACCUACCCCAGCUGUACAAACCCUCCUUCCUGCCUAUCUCGAUCUUUCUUAUCCAUUUUCUGAGGACCCAUGCCAAGUACCAGCCCUUCCCUGAGGCCUUCCUUAGCUGUUCCAUUCCGGUACUGUGGCAUUUGGGCGCUCAAUCCUCUACUGACUUGCAUCAUUACCCGAUUGUUAUUUGUGAGUGUUGUGUCUCUGAAGUAGAGCGGAAGCUUCUUGAGAGGAGGCACUGCCUUCUGUUUCUUUGUUCCACCCCCCCCCCCCACUUAGCUCAGUGGGGGGGGGGGACUUUGUCAGAGUCCAAUGGCUACUCAAUGGAUUGAACUGAAUGAACACUGGAAGCAAAAUGAAUUUGGACAACUAUAGGAAAAUUAUUUAAACAAAUUUCUCCCUCUACUCUAUAAUGUCCCUGUUGCUUUAGGGGAUCCAAAGAUGUACUGUUUCUAAAUGUGACUUAGCUUUAGUCACUUGUGAGUAUCCGAAGGUAUAUACUGAAGUGCCGUUAUUAGUCACGAGAGCUUUUAGGAUUUGUGCAGAAAGAAAUAUAUUUUGAUCCCAAAUAGAAUUUCAUCAAACUCCGGGCACAACAAUCUUCCCUUCCUCCUGUUUUAGAGGAGUCCAAGUUAAUUGAAAGCAGAUGUGAAAUGCUAUGUUUUCUACCAAUCCUUGUUGUUCUCUUCAAAAUAAUUUGGAGCUGCACAUUGUUGUUAAUUGAGCUUGCUACAAGUGCUGGUUGGUCGUGGGGAGAUGAAGCAAAGGCUUGGUCUUAAGACAAGCCUAUUUGCAGGCUGAUAAAGUGAGUGUAAUUUAGGGUUCUUAAAUGUUGGAUUGACAUAUGUAUUAAAGUUCUGGAACACUUCUUGCUGUUGCAUUAACCCUGAUUUGUCUGUGAUGCUUGAUUGCAUUUUAUAGCUUUGUCCGUUACAAAUGUGCUGACAAUGUGUAUAAGGGGUCAUCACUUCAUCGUAAUUGCACACAAACUUCCUGUACACUCUGAUGCUGAGACCAAUAACAUGACUACCAUAGCCAGAAUAAACUCAUUCGCCUAUUAAUUUAGUGCUUGUACCUGCUUUGUAAGGGGAGAAUAGUCUUUAAAUGAGCCUAGUAGCAUUGAUUUGUGAUUAAUCAUUUUUACUUAGUGACUCAUCUGUGAUCAUAGUAGAACAACAAGGUUGUGUUUGCUUGGUGGUAGUAGCUCCGUAUAUCUUGUGUGCAUCCAGAAAAUGGCCUUGGCCAUGAACUGUGUGUAUGACUAAGAGUUGUUUAAAGAUAUAAGGGGGUGGGUUGGGGAGGGUGGGAAGGGGGAAGGAGAGUGUGUUUGUCUGCAGACCCCAAAGAAGAAUUGGGAUUAAAUAAUAGCCUUGAUUUGAAAUUGUAACAGCACUACUCAUGGUAGUUGCAUUUGUUUAUUGGGCACCUUGCUAUUGCUUAGGCUCUGAAUUGAAAAAAAAAGUUUUAUCUCACCUCUGUUUUUCCCUUCUUUCGAGUUUCUCCAAGUAUUUGCCACAUUAACCUCACACUCGGGAUGGUAAAUUUGGGGGAAUUAAUAAAUUUGUUCGACCACUUCA